UAUAAAUAAACUAACCAUUUAAAUAUUUAAUGCACAAAAUGGUUGAUGAAUUUUUCAGUGUGGGAUGGGGCAAACUGUUGUUGAUUGUAGUAUUUUUACAAAGUUGUCAGCAAUCAUUACAAUCGAAAUCUCUAAAUGAUUUGGAAAAGAUAGAAGCUAAUCUACGUAACAAAGCAUCAGAACAACUAGCUGCUGGCGGUAUGGAUCCAUUGACUAAAAUGCGAGCACUCUGCUUGACACGCGGCGCUACCGGCAUUCAUGGCUUGGGAAGAGCCUUUCGCAAUAUGGAUGAUGAUGGCAGCAAAGCAUUAAACGAAGAAGAAUUUACAAAAGGUGUUAAAGAAUUUGGUCUGGAUAUAAGUAAAGAGGAGAUUAAGCAAUUGUUUCGCAGCUUUGAUGAAGACGGUAGUGGUUCGAUAAAUAUGACAGAAUUUCUUCUCAAGUUAAGACCUCCUAUGUCACAGCAACGUAUAGCGGUAAUAAAUCAAGCUUUUGCGAAAAUGGAUAAAACCGGCGAUGGUGUUAUUACUUUAGCGGAUUUAAAGAAUGUCUAUAGCGCCCGCGAGCAUCCCAAAUUUAAGAGCGGUGAAAAGAGUGAAGACGAAAUUUUAACAGAAUUCCUGCAUACUUUCGAGGGUGGACGCGGAAACGGAGAUGGACAAGUUACGAAAGAAGAGUUUACAAAUUACUACGCCAGUAUUAGUGCGUCCAUUGACAGUGACGAGUACUUUGAAGUUAUGAUGAAAAAAGCUUAUGUCCUGCAAUAAAAUAAUGUAAACUCUUUAGAUGAUUUUCUUGUUGCCUAAACUAAUCUCCUUUUAAUUUAGAUGAACGCAUGUGUGUGUUUAUGUAACACUAUUUAUUGAAGUAGAUUUAUUUAAACGUAUAUCCUAGCAUUAAAUACGGAAGCACAUAACAAUAAACUAUUAAUUUAUGUGAAAGCACA